GAGACAGUGUCGAUGAUGAACCAAAACAAGACAUAUGCAAAAUAUGACGAACCGCGGAUCUCUUACGCCAGGCUCAAGCUCAAAACCAACGGGUCGACUACAAGUAUGCUACUAAAGGAGAUAGAUGAUAAAGAUGAAACAAAAGCAAGAAAACGAGACCUAUACACUCUGUCCAUGCUCAUGCUUUGGCCCCCUCCCCAUUCUUGCUCAACAAUAACAAUGCACCCAUGCUCCAUCCAGCCCAAGGCAAGCAAAACCAAAGAAGUUGGCGGGAACGCAGCCCACUGCGAUCCGGUCCCGAGCCAGAAAAGCCCCAACCGGGCUAUUAGCAGCCAAAGGACUCCCCCUUUCCCUCUUCCGAUCCAUUCAACCUGCGCCAGUCUCUCCACCCCCAACUCCAGCGCAGCCCAGGCUCGUCCGUGACCGACGCAACCUUCGCGCCGUUCCUCCUCUCCCACCGAACCCGGCCCCAUACAGAGUACGGGGGUGGAUAUCCAUGUCAAAUGUAUGGGAACCCCCGGUGGUCUCCUCUUUCCUUAUAUUAUAUCUCAGGUGACCUCCCCUCCUUUCAACUGGGCCCCAUUCUUCCCCC